GCAACAACAACAACCAAUCAAAACAAACCUUUCAUUGCAGUCGGGGUGAAAGUUUUCUGGAAUAAUUAUGUUUAAAUUUUGGCAAAAUUAGGCGCUUAAGUUGCGCAAAUUUAGUUCCAUUCUUAUCGGUACUUGAACUUUCCGUCGGUGUUGCUGCAAAAUUGCUGAAUAAAUUUCGAAUUGAGUGGUGCAAAAAUCGAGCCGUUUCGAUUUGUCUGAAGGAAAAUAACAUACAAGCCGCUUUCAGCCAUGGACGACGGUCGGCAGUCGCCGCCGAAGCCGGUCUGCCGGCUCUGUCUGGAAGCGCCCUCGGACAUGACACUACUCAACUACAACGUCCACUUCAUCGAGUCGAUCCGCCAGCUCACGACCGUCGAGGUGCUCAUGGUGGAUCCGCACUACUCGGUGUACCUGUGCGCGGGCUGCCAGGAAGCGCUGGAGCAGUGCAUCCGCUUCCGGGACAAGUGCCUCCAGAAUGAUGGGACCUUCCGGCAGAGGUACCAGCUGGAGCAUGGGGUGGUAAAGGUGGAACAGGACGAAGCGCUGGCCGAGAUCAAGUUCGAGAUGAUCGUGACGCCGGAUCUGAAGGACGAUCCGGAUGAGGACGAGGAUGAUGGGGGUGUGGGUGCGACGGAGGAUGGCGAUGAUGAGGACUGGGAGGAGAAGCCGAGCGUGGUGAGCGGUCCGAAGAAGCGUGGUCGCAAAAAGAAGGUGGUUGUGGAGGAACCGGAAGAGCCGCGGAUACCGAAGAAGCGUGGACGCAAGAAACGGGUGCUGGCACCGGGUGAGGAGCCACCGAAGAAGGACGCUGCCGUCCGGAUGGAGCAGUGCCAGCACUGCGGCAAGCUGAUGAAGAGCACCGCGCUGAGGGCGCAUCUGAGCACGCACAAUCCGGACCGGAUGCGGUUCGAGUGUCCGUACUGUCCGAAGAUUUUCUACCACUCGAGGCAGCUGAAGAAUCACGUCAACUGCAGCCACACCCACGAGACGCAGUAUUCCUGCGAUCAGUGCGGGAAAUCGUACGAGCGAAGCGAUUCGCUGAAGAAGCACUACAUCGCGGAACAUACGGACGAGAAGCGGUACGAGUGUAAAGAAUGUGGCAUGAAGUUUGCGCGGUCCACCUCGCGGCUGUAUCACUUUCAAAUGGUGCACCAGGUUGGGCGGCCACAUCAGUGCGAGUACUGCGACAAGUCGUUCAAGCGGAAAGCGGACAUCAUCCUGCACACGAGGACCCACACCGGCGAGAAGCCGUUCAAGUGUGACAUCUGCUUCAAGGCGUUCAGCAAGAGCUACAACGUGGUCAUCCACAAGAAGUCUCACCGGAACGAUGCCGCGAAGGGGAUCGGGUUGCCGGCGGGACCAGCUCCACCGCCGCCUGUUGGUGCUCCCGGAUUGGGCGGGUUGGAUGCGAGUGGACCGACGAUGUUGGGUGUUCCUGGAGGGUUGGUAUAAAACCGUACUGUGCAUGCAA